AUAACAACUCACUUGUCCGGCGUAUUUUGCCCUAGUGAUGCUCCACUGGUGAAUCUCCAUGAUAUUUGUAGCGGUUACUCAUUAGAAACCAGUGAAAACGGCUACGAAUCCACCAGCGUUGAGUAUUGGUCCGGGACGUCAACAUCGUUCAGAACAGCAGAUGUUACUGGAAGUACUGACGAUGACCUGGAAGAUAGCUGUCAACCGGAUCCGAUGGUGGCAACCGUCCUGGACGUUGCCGUUAUUCGUGCCUUACUCAUAACUCACUGGCAAGAACAAGGAAUUUAUUGGGCUAUGCGAUAUUUGUUGAAUCGAUUAGAGCAAAUUCAGAAUCACAUAGCUGUUCAUGGUACUAGGAACCGAAGCAAUUCAUUACCUUCUGGAGAGCGAAAGCCCAGCACAUCGAUUGGACUUCUGUCCUACAGCAUCACACACGUGGGAGAAUUUUCAACUGAAACGCGACGAUGA